GAGUCUCACCGAGAUGCAUCUGGUAAGGCGAGAUCCAGAAGCAGUCAACGUGGUACCCGCGCCAGGCCAGGAACGGCGGACUGUGGCCCGGUGCCAGUGUUAGAAUUGAUGGGUAUCGCGAUAAUAAUCAACAUACGGUCAAGAUAGAGCGUCAGAUCAAUUCAAUUCAAGUUAACACGAUUCAUCGCUCCCAGAAUACCGCCUCAACAAAGCCGGGCCAAGUCACUGGCCAAAACCGGAUUCGCGUUCAGAGAAAACCACCAGGAGGCCCGAGCUCCCCGCAUCUCCACCGUAACAAUCGCAGCUCACCCCCGCAGCCAAUCACUCCGGCGGCCUGGCCAGCACUGGCCUGCGCGAUAAACGUUGAGAGAAGUCUCAGAGAGGGGUCCCGUUACUUCUUUCCCCUUUUCCUCUUUCAUUUCAACUUUUUCCAUCCGUAAACAAUCUGGACGCAAAGAGAUGGCGUCUACUACUGAAGUGCCCGCCGACGGAACAGGUGUCCUUCAACUUGACCCCUGGUUGGAACCUCAUCGUGAUGUGCUGAAGCAUCGCUACAGUUUGGUGGAGAAAUGGGCCAACGACAUCAAGGAAUCGGAGGGUGGCCUGGACAAGUUCAGCAAGGGCUAUGAAACUUUUGGUCUCAACGCUCAGCCAAACGGCGACAUCAAGUACCGGGAAUGGGCGCCGAAUGCAGUGGAGGCCUCGCUGGUCGGUGAUUUCAACAACUGGGAUAACAAUGCCAACCCGAUGACGAAGAACAGCUUCGGCGUGUGGGAAGUGACCGUGCCUGCUAUUAAUGGCAGCCCGGCGAUUCCCCACGAGAGCAAGAUCAAGAUCACCAUGGUUCUCCCGAGUGGCGAGCGCAUCUAUCGCAUUCCUGCAUGGAUCAAGCGGGUCGUGCAGGACCUCGACGUCUCCCCAGUCUACGACGCCGUUUUCUGGAACCCACCCGCCAGCGAUCGGUAUACCUUCAAACACUCACGGCCCAAGAAGCCCGAGAGUCUGCGUAUCUACGAGGCACACGUCGGCAUCUCGUCGCCCGACACCCGGGUCGCCACGUACAAGGAAUUUACCAAGAACAUGCUCCCGCGUAUCAAGUACCUGGGCUACAACGCGAUCCAGUUGAUGGCCAUUAUGGAGCACGCCUACUACGCCAGCUUCGGGUACCAAGUGAACAAUUUCUUUGCCGCAAGCAGUCGCUACGGGUCCCCCGAGGAUCUGAAGGAGUUGAUUGACACUGCCCACAAUAUGGGGCUGGUGGUACUGCUGGAUGUGGUGCACAGUCAUGCAUCGAAGAACGUGCUCGAUGGUUUGAACAUGUUCGAUGGAUCCGAUCAUCUCUAUUUCCACGAGGGUGGAAAGGGUCGCCAUGAGCUUUGGGAUAGUCGAUUGUUCAACUAUGGGCAUCAUGAAGUGCUGCGGUUCCUCUUGAGUAACCUGCGCUUCUGGAUGGACGAGUAUCAGUUUGAUGGUUUCCGUUUCGACGGUGUCACUAGUAUGCUUUACGUGCACCACGGUAUUGGAACCGGCUUCUCUGGUGGCUAUCACGAGUACUUCGGCCCCGGUGUCGAUGAGGAGGGCGUCACUUACCUGGCCCUUGCCAACACAAUGCUGCACGAGCUCUAUCCCGAGUGUAUCACCGUCGCAGAAGACGUCUCGGGCAUGCCCGCAUUGUGUCUUCCGCAUUCUCUUGGAGGAGUCGGCUUCGACUACCGACUGGCCAUGGCCGUACCCGAUAUGUACAUCAAGCUGCUGAAAGAAAAGGCCGACAGCGAGUGGAACAUCGGCAACCUUGCGUUCACACUGACAAACCGUCGCCACGGCGAAAAGACCAUCGCCUACGCCGAGAGCCACGACCAAGCACUAGUCGGCGACAAAACCCUCAUGAUGUGGCUCUGCGACAAAGAAAUGUACACCCACAUGUCCGUCCUCACAGAGUUCACCCCGGUCAUCGAACGCGGCAUGGCCCUCCACAAAAUGAUUCGGCUAGUGACCCACGGCCUCGGCGGCGAAGGCUACCUCAACUUCGAAGGCAACGAAUUCGGCCACCCGGAAUGGCUCGAUUUCCCGCGCGAAGGAAACGACAAUUCCUUCUGGUACGCCCGCCGCCAACUAAACCUCACAGAAGACCCCCUCCUCCGCUACAAAUUCCUAAACGAAUUCGACCGCGCCAUGCAACUCGGCGAGGCCAAGUAUGGAUGGCUGCAUGCGCCGCAGGCGUACGUUAGCUUGAAGAAUGAGGAUGAUAAGGUGCUCGUCUUUGAGAGGGCGGGAUUACUGUGGAUCUUUAAUUUCCACCCUACGCAGAGUUUCACUGAUUACCGGGUUGGAGUUGACGUCCCAGGGACGUAUCGGAUCGUGCUUGAUUCUGAUGAUAAGGCGUUCGGGGGGUUGGGGCGCAAUGUGAAGGAGACGAGAUUCUUUACGACUGAUAUGCCGUGGAAUGGGAGGGCGAACUUUACGCAGGUUUACAUCCCGACGAGGACUGCUUUGGUUCUCGCUUUGGAAGAAACUCUGUGAAAGGCAACGCAUGGAGAGUGUCAUGGGUCCUCAACUCCGUGACUCAACGAUACACGAAGAGUCAUGUGCGACAUCUUCG